UGGCUGUUUAUUGCAAUCCUGCUUUUGAUACAAGCACUUACGAACUCAGCAGAUGCCAUCCAGCAGAAAAAGGUUAUAAAUCCUGAGACUUUCAUGAAUGUUAGCCAAAUGAUCUGCCACAGAGGGUACCUCAGUGAGGAGUAUGAAGUACUGACUCAUGAUGGCUACUACGUCAGCCUGAACAGAAUCCCUCAUGGGAGAGAAAAUCCUGGGAAUGGAGAGGCCAAGCCAGUCGUGUUUCUCCAGCAUGGGUUAUUCGGAGAAGGUAGCCACUGGGUGCAAAAUCUGGCUAACAACAGCCUUGGCUUCAUACUAGCAGACUCCGGCUAUGAUGUCUGGCUGGGAAACAGCAGGGGCACAAGCUGGUCCCGAAGACACCAGCACCUUUCAGCUGACCAGUCCGAAUUCUGGGAUUUCAGCUUUCACGAAAUGGCAAUGUAUGACCUCCCAGCCAUGAUCGACUUUGUUCUGCAGAAGACCGGGCAGAAGCAGAUAUAUUACGUUGGCUACUCCCAGGGCUGCACAAUCGCGUUCAUCGCGUUUUCAACCAUGCCAGAACUGGCUCAGAAAAUCAAAAUGUUUUUUGCCCUGGCUCCAGCACUGACAAUCAAGCACUCCAGAAGUCCCAUCAUGAAAAUGUCCUUCCUUCUGGACAGGCAAUUCAAGAUGUUUCAGCUGUGGAGGUUUCUCCCCGAGCUCUGCAGGCACCCACUGCUGCACAAGCCCUGUGCCAAUCUUCUCUUUCUGCUAGGUGGCUACAAUGAGAAAAACCUCAACAUGACACGGCUGGAUGUGUACACAUCCCACUAUCCAGAUGGGACAUCUGUCAAAAACAUGAUACACUGGGCCCAGGUGAUGAAAUCAGGAGAAUUCAAAGCCUUCGACUACAGCAGUGAAAACCUAGCUGUGUACCAUCAGGAGACACCUCCCUUCUACCGGGUGGAGGAGAUGCCUGUGCCCACUGCGGUGUGGUCAGGAGGGGAGGACUGGGCAGCUGACUGGAGGGAUAUACGCCUGCUGCUGCCCCGUAUCACCCACCUUGUCACCUAUGGCCACAUCCCUGACUGGAACCACUGGGACUUCAUCUGGGGCUUGGACGCUCCUGAGCGCCUCUACAGCAGCAUCCUGGAGCUGAUGGAGGAGUCUCAGUAG